CGAAAUAGGCGGAAAAUUAUUUGCCUUUCAGUUUUUUUAAUAGGAUAAUAUUUGUAAUUCAUAAUUGUUAAUUUCCUUAAUUUUAAAUUCAAAUAUAAAUAAUAAACAUAAUUGUGCACAGUAUUUAACUUCCAUCAGUUUUUGCUUAGGUUGAUACGGUCACAUUACAUAAAAAAAAGCGGGAGCAAUUUCAAACAACCAUUUAAUGCCGUGUGUAAUAUAAACUCUAAAAAAUAGGCAUGCCACGAAAAAGUGGAGCCAAGCACCACAAAUCUGACAAACCGUCAUUGGGCGACACAGACGCGGAGAGUAAAGAUAACACGGCUUUUAAAUCGCCAGAAACCGAUGAUGACACCGACUACUGUUUAGAGUUUACUACGAACCGUUUGACGCUUCAAGAAGCCAAUAAUCGCCGUUGCUCAACAUUGCGCCAGAACAGCGCCUUGCAGAGAGCACGGCAAGCAGAUACCACAACCUCAAAUUCCGACAAGGAUUAUGAAAAUCACCCACCUUCGCCUACACGACGGAUGGCGAGUCAGGCCACAACCCAGUCCACAAGCAAGAAGACCAGGUCACAAGCAGCAGUUGUGGCCCAAAAUCAGGCCAGGCGACGCAAGAAUCUCAAUCCUGUAAGCACAUCCAAAAGGAUGGAUAAGGAGAUCCGUCGAUUUCAAAACUAUCCAGGCAUGAUGCUCAUAACUAAGCUGCCCUUCUCCCGAUUGGUGCGCUACCUUAUCUUAAAAUACAGUAAUGAGCCGCAGAUAAGGGUUACUGAAGGAGCCUUUAUGGCCAUGCAGACUUCCUGCGAAUUGUACUUCACGCAGCGGCUUGCUGACUCUUAAAUGCUUACCAAACACCGUGGUCGCGUGACACUGGAGGUACGUGACAUGGCAUUGAUGGCCUACAUCUGCGAUCGAGAACAUCCCUAACCCUAAUAGCUCUUAGUUUAGUUAAUCGAAAAAAUAUGGCUGUUUUAUGUUGCGUAGUUACGUUACUCUUAAUGUGUCGAAUAUAUAUGUAAAUUAAAGAAACUGGUACAGUAUUUAUUGUUGUAAAAUGUUUUAAUUUAAUUCAUCUAUAAUUCACAAUGAAAUUGUAACUUAACUAUACUUUCUCCCCAGUGAGCCGCUGGUUUAAAAAUGGUUUAAUACAACUUUAAUAUAAUUAAUUUUCUCUUUUGGCAAUUAAAAAUCAGUUAUUUAUUUUUA